AUGAAUACUUUUCUCACUUAUGACAAAGGGCCAAACUUGGUCGGAUCACAACUUCGGGGCCUUGUGCAAGAAGCAGCCGAGAGCCUGGCCCGAAAGAGUGGCCUUCAGUUGCUGGGCAUAUUUGUUGUGAUGUUUAUUGCAUGGCGUGUAGGAGUUGCUUUCUACAAUAUCUGGUUGCAUCCGCUCUCCAAAUUUCCCGGCCCAACUCAUAUGGCUGCUUUCUAUCUCCCCUACAUGUACGACAGCUUCAUCCGUGGCACCAUGCACAACACAAUCCGGAAGCUUCAUCAUAAGUAUGGCCCGAUUGUGCGUGUUGGCCCUAACCAUCUGGCGGUUGAUGGAUCCGUUGGUUGGCCUGACGUCUAUGGGCACAAGGCAGGCCAAGAGGAGUUUGGGAAAGUGCCCGAGUUCCUGUUCCAGGGGGACACCACCGCUCUCAUUGCGGCUCCCAAAGACGUGCACAGGCGACAGAGACGGCAACUAGCCCAUGCAUUCAGUGACUCUGCACUAAGAAGCCAAGAAGGCAUCAUGAAGCAGUACGUCGACCUGCUCAUGAGUCGCUUCGCCAAUAAGGCAGACACUGGGGAGAGCUUCAAUGUCAUCAAAUGGUUUGACUUCACCACGUUCGACAUCAUUGGCCACCUCUACCACUCGGAGCCCUUUCAUUGCCUCGAAAGUAAUGGCUAUCAUCCUUGGGUAUCCGCUUUCUUCAAUGGGUUUCGCGGCGAUUCCUACCGCCGUUUCCUCAGGCAGUUUCCCCUGGCUCAUGAAGUUGUCAAAUGGCUACGAGUUGUUGGCGAUUUGAACAGCAGCACCGACAACAGAGACUAUAUUGUGGGCAAGGCCCAGGCGCGAAUCAAGCAAGGCGAUUUUGCCAUCCAAGGCUACCGUGACUUCAUCGCUUUCAUGCUCAAGAAGAACCGCGACGGCGAAUUUGGCUUCCUUGAGCCCGAGAUCCUGGCUUCUUCUCCUCUUGUCAUUACAGCAGGCAGCGAAACUACAGCCUCCUCUUUGUCCGCCUUGGUGUUCUACCUUGGUAGCAAUCCGAUUGCGUACGAGAGGCUGACGAGGGAGCUUCGGUCUGCUUUCUCUGAUGAAGAAGAGAUUACGCUCAGCUCGACGCAGCGACUAGAGUAUCUUCAUGCCUGCAUUGAAGAGGCUCUUCGUGUGUAUCCUCCGGUUCCUGAGACGCCUCCGCGACAGAGUCCUGGAGGCAUGAUUGAUGGCAAAUGGGUCCCGAAAGGAAUGGCCACCUACCACAACCCCAGCCAUUGGGCUGAGCCCGACUCAUACCUGCCUGAGAGAUGGCUUCCCAAGUCUCAUCCCUUGUACGACGACAAGUUCAAGAACGACAAUCGUGCCACAUUCAAGCCAUUCAGCUACGGACCAAGAGACUGUCUGGGUAAGAACCUUGCUUACUCUGAAAUGCGCUUGAUUCUUGCACGGCUGCUGUUUGGAUUCGAUUUCGAGCUGGUUCCCGGCCAGGAGGGCUGGCACGAUGCGCUGCGUACGUUCUUGGUGUGGGAGCGGAUGCCGUUGAAAAUCUUCCUCAAGAAGCGUACUAGGACUGCUUAA